AUCCGGUUGAACCAUGAAUGGGGUUGAACUACAAGUACCACCCACCGUCUCGCUUUACAUGGAUGCCAGGUUCUCGUGGGUUAAAAGGGAAAGCCGUAUUUUAAGCACUACGCCCUCUACGGUUCUACAACUUGUAUCUGGCAACACACACAGAACCCUCACUGCUGUCGUCACUGAGGUCAGGUAGACGGAGCGAAGAUGGCGACUGCCUACGAGAGAUACAAUUUGCACACAACCCCAGAGAAGUUCUUCAUCGAGGCCUGCGAUGAGGGGGCUGAUGCUGUGCUGGCCAUCGACAGGGUCUCAAAUGAGAUGACCCUCACAGGUAAAAAAGAUGUCCCUCCCUCGGCGGUCACCAGGCCCAUAUGUGGCAUCAUGGGAACCAUUCGCCUGGUAGCAGGCAUGUACCUGAUCGUCAUCACCAGGAAGAGGAACGUGGGCAGCCUGCUGGGCCACGCUGUGUGGAAGGCUGUGGACUUUGACGUGAUCUCUUAUAAGAAGACAGUGCUGCAUCUCUCAGAGAUCCAGUCUCAGGAGAAUAAGACUUUCCUGUCCAUGAUUAACAAUGUGCUGACUACAGACGGCUUCUACUUCUGCACUGACUACGACCUGACACACACUCUGCAGCGGCUGGCAAACACCAGCCCUGACUUCCAAGAGAUGAGUCUGCUGGAGAGGGCAGAUCAGCGGUUUGUGUGGAAUGGGAACCUCUUGAGAGAACUGGCUGCACAGCCAGAGCUUCAUAAGUUUGCACUUCCCGUUGUCCAUGGAUUCAUCGUCAUGAAGCCAUGUCGUAUAAACGGAAAGAUCUUUGAGUGGAUCCUCAUAUCCAGGAGAAGCUGCUUCCGGGCCGGCGUCAGAUAUUACCUUCGAGGCAUCGACUCUGAAGGCCAUGCUGCUAACUUUGUGGAGACUGAGCAGAUAGUUUUGUAUGAGGGAGCAAAGGCUUCAUUUAUUCAGACACGAGGCUCCAUGCCCUUUUACUGGAGUCAGAGGCCCAACCUCAAAUACAAACCUAAACCUAUAAUCAGCAAAACCACCAAUCACAUGGAUGGUUUCCAGAGGCAUUUCGACUCUCAGCUCCUCAUCUAUGGGAAGCAAACUAUUCUGAACCUGGUGAACCAGAAGGGCUCAGAGAAGCCUCUAGAACAGGCUUUUGCCAAGAUGGUGUCUGGUAUGAACAACGGUAUGCUCAAUUACAUAGCCUUCGACUUCCACAAAGAGUGCAGCGCCAUGAGAUGGGACCGCCUCCAGAUCUUAGUGGAUGAUGUCGCAGAGACACAAGAGGAAUACGGUUACUUCAUGGUGAACUCGGAGGGGAAGACGGUGGCCCAGCAGAAAGGAGUCUUCCGCAGUAACUGCAUGGACUGCCUGGACAGGACCAACGUCAUCCAGAGCCUGCUGGCCCGGCGCUCCUUACAGUCUCAGCUUCAGAGGAUGGGGGUUCUGAAUGUGGGUCAGCGGAUUGAAGAGCAGGCUGAGUUUGAAAAGAUCUACAAGAACGCAUGGGCUGACAAUGCCAAUGCAUGCGCUGUACAGUACGCAGGAACCGGAGCCUUGAAAACAGACUUCACAAGGACGGGGAAGAGGACCAGGUGGGGGCUGCUGAUGGAUGGCUGGAACUCAAUGAUCCGCUACUACAAAAAUAACUUCUCUGAUGGAUUCAGACAGGACUCCAUUGACCUGUUUCUGGGUAACUUUGCUGUCGAUGAGUCUGAUGGACCCACUCCUCUUCGUGUGCAGAAGGACUGGAAGUUCCUCACGCUGCCCAUUAUAAUGCUGGUAGCAUUUUCCAUGUGCAUCGUGUGUCUUCUCAUGGCUGGUGACACCUGGACAGAGACCCUGGCUUACGUGACGUUCUGGGGGGCUGCUAGUGCCAUCACAGCCACCAUCAUCCUGUUUAACGGCCAAGACUUUGUGGACGCCCCCAAACUGGUUCACAAGGAGAAGCUGGACUGAGUGUGUGUGUGUGUGUGUGUGUGUGUGUGUGUGUGUGUGAGACGAGUAUCUGGGCCCGGCAGGUUCAUAUACCUGGUGAUCUUCAGCGUCUUCUCCCCCCGGUCUGGACUCCGACUGAUCUGCCCUGCAGACUUUCUCAUCCAAAACCAUUUGUCUGCAACAUAUUUUACCUUCUUCAGUUGUACUGCACACACUCCUUCACAUGGUUUACAUUUAAUUCCUUACAUUCCUCAUACUGUCUCUUUAGGUUGGUUUGUUGGUGUUAGGUGGUCAGUU